AUGAAAUUUCUACCUUUACCGCAAGCCUCGCGGCUUCUCCAAGGCUCUGUUCAACGCAAGAACCCCGGGAUGGGACUUCGAAACUCUCCCUUCUUUCCCACAAACAGGCUAUUCCAUGCCUCUGUACGAAUGGAUAGGACAGAAACUCAUAAAUUGUCAGAUAUCGGGGAGGGCGUAAAGGAAGUUCAGAUCAUCCAGUGGUUCGUCGAGGAGGGAGCCCCAAUCGAAGAAUGGAGUCCUCUCUGCGAAGUCCAGAGCGAUAAAGCUUCCGUCGAGAUUACCUCCAAGUUUAGUGGAGUGAUCAAGAAAAUCUAUUUUGCACAAGAUGCCGUGGCACAAGUGGGAGACGCCAUGGUUGACAUUGAAGUGGAAGGAGAUGCAGAAUUGGAAGAACUUACGGAGCAGGAGACGAGAGGCUCCACUGAAGUUGCUAGUGUCGAACAGGCAGCAGAGGGUGGCAGAGCCAUUGCUCAAGAGGAGGUUACGGACAUGCAAGCACCUUCGGAGACCAAAUCACCAGGCAAGCAUACUUCUCUUGCUACGCCUGCGGUCAGGGGGUUGCUCAAGGAACAUGGUCUUGCGAUCGAAGACAUCAACGGGACUGGCAAGGACGGACGCGUUCUAAAAGAAGACGUAUACAGAUAUCUCGACCAAAGCUCUGCUCAAGUCACUCCUCCACUGUCAGCACCGUUCAGACCAGAACUCGAUGCAAAACAGACAGAGACGGCACAGAAGCUAACCCCGAUCCAAUCAGCCAUGUUCAAGAGCAUGACCGCAUCUCUAAAUAUCCCACACUUCCUCUAUUCCGACACAGCCAACAUCACCAACCUCGCCUCGAUGCGAGCGAGGCUGAAUGCCGUCCGAAACUCCGAAACGACUCCUAGGUUUUCGUACCUCCCUUUCAUCAUCAAAGCCGUUUCUCUGGCCAUGAAUCAAUAUCCGCUUCUCAAUGCACGAUUAGAUCUUAGCAUAGAUCCGAAGAAACCGCAACUGAUGAUGCGGUCCAUCCAUAACAUCGGCAUAGCAAUGGACACCCCCAAUGGUCUCAUCGUGCCAGUCAUCAAAGCCGUCAAUGCCAGAUCAAUUACUUCUAUUGCACAGGAGAUUCAACGCCUCUCACAACUCGGCCAAGCUGGCAAGCUUUCCAAUAACGACCUCACCGGGGGCACUAUCACAGUCAGCAACAUUGGCAACAUCGGAGGCGAGGUUGUGGCACCUGUCAUUGUGGAAGGGCAGCUGGCCAUCCUGGGCGUAGGUAAAGUCAAGACUGUCCCGAUCUACGCUGAAGACGGUGUGACUGUGAAGCCUGCUCAGAUGGUCAACCUGAGCUGGAGUGCCGAUCAUCGAGUCGUCGAUGGAGCGGCUAUGGCGAGAAUGGCCAGUGCUGUACAGAAGUACCUUGAAGAACCAGGGACAAUGAUUAUUGACAUGAGCUGA